UCUACAGUUUUGAUGAACAUUGUAAAGACGAUAGUGCAGGCUAUGGGAUAGGAGCGUUAUAUUAAAAUGUUUAGUCUACAGUUUUGAUGUACAUUGUAAAGACGAUCGUGCAGGCUAUGGGAUAGGAGCGUUAUAUUAAAACGAUGAGCGUGAAACACGAUGCUGAAACGUCGACGUAGACCUUCGCCUAACAUCCAUCACAUUUUGAAGUCACUAUAGACAUUCAAUAUUAUGAUUUAAAUUUACAGAAAAUGCGAAUCUUAUAUUUAAAAAAAUAAAUUUUAAAUUUUACGAUUAAAUUCUAAGAAAGAUGUCAAUCGUUAAUGAAAAUUAGUUGGUUAAAAUGCGCUUUAUACAACAAAUAUACCGUUUAUAAAAGUGAAACAAAAUAGUAAUCAUGGGGAAUUGUUUGAGAAAAACAAGACGAAAAACUGAUCAUAAGACGCAUCGAGCAGAAAUACGUGAUAAUGUGCGAUCGCAUCAGAUGGAUAGACCAAUAGAAAAUAUACAAGGACCUAUUAGAACACAAGAAUCAAGUAUCAAUGAACUAGUCAGUGACAUAGAGAGACACAUCGAAGACACCACGAGACUUCAACAAGUGUUGGAGAACAAAACACAUGUGGUGGCUACAUACAUGGAAGAAUUUGUUGAUCGCAUUGGUGAGGACGUAGAAGCCCACAAGCGAGACUAUCACGCCCAGAAGGCCGAGAUUUUACAGCAGCAGCAGCAGGUGGAUGAAGCCUUCAAAACGGGCCUCAAAAAAACUCUUCUUCAACACCAUUUAAAAAGCAAUUCUACCCUUUCGCUAGGGCCGUUCUUUCGUCAUGGCGACUCCUGCCUGGAGGAUUUUUACUUUCCUCCAAGACUUUUUGAAGUAUUGCAAAAAAUAAAUGUUGAUACCGAGAACCGGGCAACAGAAAACCAGAAAUCUCCUAUUACAUCACUUGAACAGCUACUGACACCGAACGAUAAAACGAACAAAAUCACAAUCAUAACCGCGAAUGCUGGUGUUGGUAAAACAUCAUUUUGUAAGUUUGUAGCUGUUUUGUGGUGCGCAUUACAUGAGGACCAAACGGAUAAAAUCAGCAAAUUUAAAGAGAGGUGUGACAUUCCCUUUGAUACUUUAGAAGACAUACCCUAUCUCCUCUACAUUCCAAUGAGGGCUAUUACGCAAAACUGCACCCAUUCCAUUGAAGAAAUCAUCUUUGCUCACUUGGAAAAUGAGAUUGGAUACCAGAGGCAAGACCGAAAAAAUCUGGAAAGGGUAUUUAUAGACGAACGUUGUUUAGUCAUCUUAGAUGGCAUGGACGAGACUUCUUUGUCAACGUUGAACUCACCAAUGGCAAACCGAAAGUACAGCAUAAUUAUAACAUGCCGCCCAUGGAAACUCGCAGAUAUGGCAUUGCCGAAGUACAUGCAUGUUAGUAUUGACGAUCUCAGCCAAAUUUCACAAAAACAACUGUUUAAACACGUGAAUCAAAUCUUAAACAUUAUUUACGGGACAACUUUUGAAGUUGAAGACUUCUUUGCCACUUUAAAAACACUGAAACUGCAGUCACUUUCGUCCAACACGCUCGUGGGACUCCAACUGUACUGCGUCUGGCAAGACCGACGUAUGGACGACGAAACACCAGAAAAUAACAAAACUAGUUUAACGCUUGGACCAACAAGAUCACACAUCUAUGCAGAUAUAUUGGAAAUGAUGUUUAACUUAGUAAACAACAAAAGCAAAGAAAACUCAGAACGUCCACAAACACCCCCUCCCACACAAAGGCCUCUUCCUACAUGUUUCGAGGGACGGAAGCUGUGUAAAGCAAAAUCUUCUUUGAUUUAUGAAACAGGAAAGAUUGCUUUUGAGAUGUUAAUUAACUCGAAGAUCGAUUUUGACGAGGUAACCAUGAAUUCGUUACAAGAUGAGCAAUUUCUUUUACAUUCAGGACUGAUCUCAGCCGAUAGGUCACACAAGUGCAGUAUUGAAAGCAAAGUGUACCGAUUUCUACACAAAACCUAUCAGGAAAUGUUAGCAGCAUUAUAUAUUUCGUCACUGGAUUUCAAGAGUGAAGAUUGGCUUGCGUUUGAGAACAACUUCAAUACUGCGUUUUCACCGGACUUAAUGUCCUUCCUGUGCGUGAUGAAUUACGAGCAUGCCCGGCGAUGUUCGGAAAUGUUCGGGGAUACGAAGCGGGAGUUUUACAGAGGAUAUACAUUUUAUAAAAAUGAGAUCAUCGAGUACCAAGACGCCGUGCUACUUUCGUACAACGAAUGUGUAAAUAAUGGUCAGUCAAAUCCGCAACUAACGUUAAGACAUGCAUGGCUAAAUAGGAAACACUUUGCGGCAAAACAUCCACUCUUGCAACACAGCCGUAAAGGAUUGAAGUCGUGCGAUAUUGAAUGUUCCGAAGAAUACCCUGUUAUCAUCAGCAUGACAGGCAUGGAACAACUGAACACAUUAUGUAUAUACAGUGAAAAUGAGAACGAUACUUAUCCACAAACUAUUCCAACAUGUUCUUUAAACAAAUAAUCAGUCCUAUGUCUUUUCAAUUUGUACAUAGAAAAUGAUAAUUUACACCUGGCAUUAUGUGAGAAUCUUAAAAUUUUGGUUCUGAAUAACGUUUAUCUCGAUCAUCUGACUAUCGCCCCGGCCCAGCUGGAGGUAUUCUGGGUC